GAGGUUGCCUUACCGGAAAUAACGUGAAUGUUUACCCGCUCGUGGUCGAAGCAACGAUGGCAAGCUCAGGAGCUAAACAACCAUCUAAAAUGAAUUCCAAAUCCUCCGGGCCCGCGGCCGCUGGAGUAAACAACGGGACUCCGGUAAUGCCCCUGGCCUCUCCGCUUAUGGGUAAAAAGAAGAAACCCUUUCUGGGUAUGCCGGCUCCGCUUGGCUACGUCCCCGGUCUGGGUAGAGGUGCUACUGGUUUUACCACCCGGUCUGAUAUUGGUCCUGCUCGUGAUGCCAAUGAUCCCGUGGAUGACCGCCAUGCACCCCCGGGAAAGAGGACUGUUGGGGAUCAGAUGAAAAAGAACCAGGAUGACGAUGAUGAAGAUCUGAAUGACACCAAUUAUGAUGAGUUUAAUGGAUACGCGGGCAGCUUGUUUUCCAGUGGUCCCUAUGAAAAGGACGAUGAAGAAGCCGAUGCCAUAUAUGCAGCACUGGACAAGAGGAUGGAUGAAAGGCGCAAAGAAAGAAGGGAGCUGAGAGAAAAGGAAGAAAUUGAAAAGUAUCGUAUGGAGCGUCCCAAAAUACAGCAGCAGUUUUCAGAUCUUAAGAGAAAGUUGGGAGAAGUGUCAGAAGAGGAGUGGCUAAGCAUCCCCGAGGUGGGCGAUGGAAGAAACAAGCGUCAGAGAAAUCCUCGCUAUGAGAAACUCACCCCUGUCCCGGACAGCUUUUUCUCCAAACACCUGCAGAGUGGGGAAAAUAAAACCUCGGUGAACCCUCUCGAAGGGCUGGCAGGUCUGAACACACCUUACCCAGGAAGUAUGACCCCCGGUCUGAUGACACCAGGGACAGGUGAACUGGACAUGAGAAAAAUCGGCCAGGCCAGGAACACGCUCAUGGAUAUGCGGCUCAGCCAGGUUUCUGAUUCUGUGAGCGGCCAGACGGUGGUUGAUCCGAAAGGAUACUUGACAGAUCUUAACUCCAUGAUCCCAACAUAUGGAGGGGACAUCAGUGAUAUCAAAAAGGCUCGUCUUCUGCUGAAAUCAGUGAGGGAGACAAAUCCUCAUCAUCCCCCUGCCUGGAUUGCAUCGGCCAGGUUGGAGGAAGUGACCGGCAAGCUCCAGGUGGCAAGAAACCUGAUAAUGAAAGGGACUGAAAUGUGUCCAAAGAGUGAGGACGUGUGGCUGGGGGCCGCCAGACUACAACCUGGGGACCCCACCAGUACGCUAAGGAAAGCCCUGGAAAAUGUGUCCAAGUCUGUUCGGCUUUGGAAGACUGCUGUCGAGCUCGAAGAACCCGAGGAUGCCAGGAUCAUGCUCAGUCGCGCGGUGGAGUGUUGUCCUACAAGUGUGGAGCUCUGGCUGGCGCUGGCCCGAUUAGAGACGUACGAGAAUGCUCGUCGCGUCCUCAACAAAGCUCGAGAGAACAUCCCCACCGAUCGGCACAUCUGGAUAACCGCUGCCAAGUUGGAGGAAGCCAACGGUAACACACAGAUGGUGGACAAGAUCAUAGACAGAGCCAUCGCGUCUUUAAACGCCAACGGUGUGGAGAUCAACAGAGAGCAGUGGAUACAGGACGCCGAGGAGUGUGACAAAGCAGGCAGUGUCGCUACAUGCCAGGCUGUGAUCCGGGCUGUCUUAGGAAUUGGUAUUGAGGAGGAGGAUCGGAAACACACCUGGAUGGAGGAUGCAGAAAGUUGUGUGGCCCACGGAGCCUUUGAGUGUGCCAGAGCCAUUUACGCACACGCUCUCCAAAUGUUUCCCAGCAAAAAAAGCGUUUGGCUCAGAGCUGCGUAUUUUGAGAAGAGCCACGGCACCAGGGAGUCUUUAGAGGCCCUCCUCCAGAGAGCCGUGGCCCACUGUCCCAAAGCAGAGGUUCUGUGGCUGAUGGGGGCCAAGUCCAAGUGGCAGGCUGAAGAUGUGCCAGCAGCCAGAAGUAUUCUCGCUCUGGCCUUUCAGGCAAAUCCCAACAGUGAAGAGAUCUGGCUUGCUGCUGUAAAACUCGAGUCUGAGAAUAAUGAGUAUGAAAGAGCCCGUCGACUUCUGGCGAAGGCCAGGAGCAGUGCCCCGACAGCCAGGGUGUUUAUGAAAUCUGUAAAGUUGGAAUGGGUGUUGGGAAACAUAGACGACGCCCAGGAUUUGUGCACAGAGGCACUGAAACACUAUGAGGACUUCCCCAAACUGUGGAUGAUGAGAGGGCAGAUUGAAGUGCAGUGUGAAAACAUGGACAAGGCCAGAGAGGCCUACAACCAAGGGUUGAAGAAGUGUCCCCACUCAGUCCCCCUGUGGUUGUUGCUGUCUCGUCUCGAAGAGAAAGUCGGGCAGCUGACUCGAGCCAGGGCCAUCCUCGAGAAGGCAAGGCUGAAGAACCCUCAAAGCCCAGAGUUAUGGUCGGAGUCUGUCAGACUUGAGUUCAGGGCCGGACUGAAGAACAUCGCGAACACUCUGAUGGCCAAAGCCCUGCAGGAGUGUCCAAAUUCAGGAAUUCUGUGGGCACAAGCUGUGUUUCUGGAGGCAAGACCACAAAGGAAGACAAAGAGUGUAGAUGCUCUGAAGAAGUGUGAACAUGAUCCCCACGUCUUGCUUGCUGUAGCCAAGUUGUUUUGGAGUGAACGAAAAAUCACCAAAGCCAGAGAGUGGUUCCUCAGGACUGUGAAGAUUGACCCCGACCUGGGAGACUCUUGGGCGAUGUUUUACAAGUUUGAGCUGCAGCACGGCACAGAGGAGCAACAGGCAGAGGUAUUGAAACGCUGUGACAAUGCAGAACCACGUCACGGAGAGCUCUGGUGCGCCGAGUCCAAACACAUCCUCAACUGGCAAAAGAAGACUGGGGAGAUACUGGAACUCGUCGCCAGCAAAAUCAAAAACGCAUUCUGAACUUGAGAAGAUGUAAACCAGUUUGCAAAUUAGAGCAUAAGAAAUUGAUUCGUGUGAAAAUAUCGUAAUAAUUUUUGUUGUGACAUUGUCGAAUGUUUUCAAAACACUUUUGUUUUUUUUUGGUUUUUUUUUGUUAUUCUACACAUUUCUAGUAUGAUUUGUAUCCCUUUUGACCAUGUAUGUAUAUAUGUAAAGUCUUUGUUAUGGUUAACAUUUUUGGCAUCCGUGCAUACUGUCGUGUGUGUAUCAGUGACCCGAAAACAUGUUGAAAUUCUGGAAAACUAGAAAAAUACAGAAUAAUAAAAAAGGACACAUUUCACAAGAGUAAAA